GAUUAAAAUUUGUUUUUGAAAUAUUAAUGUCUAAAUCACACUUUAGUGAAUAUAAAUAGGGGAUGCAAGCAAUUCCUCAUACCAUAAGUACAUUAGAGAAACCUCCAAAUGGGAUCAAUAUUUCAAAUUCUCCUUGUUCUCUUCAUGCUUUCCUUCAAAGGCUACGGUCAAUGUGAAAUAAAAGACAUAACCGUUGGAACAGAAAGGACUUCUGAACAAAUACAAGGUAAACAAGAAUGGAAGGUGAGUUUCAUAAACACUUGCAGAUGCUCUCAACAAGCCCUUAUCGUCUCUUGCAACGGUUUCCAAACUGUUGAGAAAGUUGAUCCAAGCAUCUUUGCACGUGUGGGGAAUAACAAUUGCAUCGUUAAUGGAGGUCGGGCUAUUGCACCUUUCAUGACGGUCCAAUUUCUUUAUGCCUGGGACCCUCCCUUCAUUUUCGUGCCAAUAUCGUCUCAAGUUCAGUGUUGAGGGGUAUUUAUGUAACUAUUAAAAAAAAGUCAUGAAUUAAGAAGUGGGGUUUCUUAUCUUAAUUGAUUACUUGAUCCCAUGAUCGAUCUUCGCAGCAUAUUGCAUCUUUUGCCGGUUCAUAUUAAAAUCAAAAUUGUGUAUUCAAGGCCA